UGCAAUGUGAGAAAUUGAGAAUUGCCUAUUCACUAUUGAGAAGUGAAAACUCUCUCUCUCUCUCUCUCGUGCGCGCGCGAAGUGAAGAAAAAAUUGCAGAACUUCAUAACUAGCUUCACGUCCACGAAUCCAUCGGCAUAUGGCACACAUUCGCUCCAACUCCGCCAUUAACAGGUUGCUGCCGUUCUUUAACUGAGAUAAAUCAAGUGUUUGCUGAAAGCUUCCUGUGAAGGCUCUAAUGAAGUGACACUGAAGCGAUGAUGGUGUAGCAAUUCUCUGCUGGGUAGGUCAUGGCCAUAAAUUUUCCUUCUAAACUUCAGCUUCUGGGGUCUGUUCAUGAUCGUGAGUUAUUCAAGCCCAAGGUUUCAAAUAGAAAAGAAGCUAAAAAAUCAUCAGCAGCGAUUGCUUUUCAGUCCAUCAAUGAAAGAACUAGAGUUGUUGGAAGCAAAUUAUUUGAGUUUGGUGCAAAUUAUGAGUAUUCUCAAAAGGCUCAGGUGCAGAAACUGGUUGAUCAGCUCCAUUCUUGUGCUGAGAAGGGGUUACUGACAGAAACAAGAGAAAUCCAUGGCUAUCUGUUGAAGUCAGAUUUUCAUGAUGAUAACUUGUUGAAGUUACUCAAUCAUGUAAUUUAUGCAUAUUUGAAAUGCUCAGAUUUUGAGUCUGCUAAUUUAGUGUUUGACUAUUUGCCGAGGAAAAAUGUAUUCUCUUGGAGUGUCAUGAUUACUGGAUUUAAUCAGCAAGCGUCUUUCAGAGAUGGGUUAAAAUAUUUUUGCAAGAUGACGACUCAUGGAAUAUUACCUGAUGGAUUUACAUAUUCUGCCAUCCUGCAAUCAUGUAUUGGUAUGGGUUCUGUUGAUUUAGGGGAUGUGGUGCAUGGCCAGAUAAUGGUUAGAGGCUUCGGUUCUCAUGUGGUUGUUGGCACUGCACUUCUUAACAUGUAUGCAAAAUUGGGUAAGGUUGAGGAGGCUUAUAGAGUUUUCAAUUCUAUGGCUGUAAUUAAUGAUGUCUCUUGGAAUGCAAUGAUAUCAGGACUUACUGCCAACGGUCUGCACUUGGAGGCUUUUGACCAUUUUAUGCAGAUGAAGGAGCAAGGUUUUGUUCCCAAUAUGUAUACUCUAGUUAGUGUUCUGAAGGCAGUUGCGAUGCUAGGCCAUGUUGAUAAAGGAAAGAGGGUUCAUGAAUGUGUAUCAGAAUUGGGAAUGCAGGAAAACAUUCUUGUUGGGACUGCUCUAAUAGAUAUGUACUCGAGAUGUGGUCAUUUAUUGGAGGCAAGGUCUGUUUUUGAUAUGAACUUUGCUGAAUGUGGAGUAAAUGGACCAUGGAAUGCAAUGAUAACUGGUUACGCACUGUGCAAUUGUAGUCAACAAGCUUUGGAAUUGUAUGUCAAAAUGUGUCAAAAUAACAUAAUACCUGAUCUUUACACUUACUGUAGUGUAUUUGAUGUGAUUGCUAGUUUGAAGUGCUUAUGGUUAGUGAAGGAAGUGCAUGGCAGAGUUUUGAAGUCUGGGCCUGAUUUAAUGAAUCUAAGUGUUGAAAAUGCCAUUGCUGAUGCAUACUCCAAAUGUGGGUCUCUUGAAGAAGUUCAGAAGAUCCUCGACAGGAUGAAAUGCAGAGACAUUGUCUCCUGGACAACAUUAGUUACAUGUUAUUCUCAGUGUUCUAGAUGGGAGGAAGCACUUCUUGUUUUUUCUCAGAUGAGGGAAGAAGGGUUCACACCUAAUGACUUUACUCUUGCCAGUGUCCUUACUGCAUGUGCUAAUCUUUGUUAUCUUGAAUAUGGUCGUCAAAUCCAUGGCCUUCUGUGCAAAUUAGGCUUUGAAACUGUAAGAUACAUUGAAAGUGCUCUGAUUGAUAUGUAUGCUAAGGGAGGCAGUAUAAAAGACGCAGAUGAGGUUUACAAUCGGAUAUCUAAUCCUGAUGUUGUCUCAAUGACUGCUAUAUUGUCAGGUCACGCCUAUCAUGGUUCUGUUGCUGAUGCACUUUGGCACUUCAAAAGAAUGGAACAGAUGCAUAUUAAACCAAAUUCUGUUACCUUACUAUGUGUUCUAUCUGCGUGCAGCCAUGCUGGUCUCGUCGAGGAAGGCCUUCAGUACUUUUGGUCAAUGGAGAAAUCCUAUGGUUUGGUGCCAGAAAUGGAGCACUAUGCCUCUGUUGUUGAUCUCCUAGGUCGUGUGGGGCGCCUCAAUGAAGCAUUUGAGUUUAUAAUGAAAAUGCCUAUUGAACCAGAUGAGAUGGUAUGGCAGACCUUAUUGGCUGCAUGCAGGAUUCAUGGCAAUAUUGAGUUUGGUGAAAUAGCGGCCAAGAAGAUUCUCUCUCUUUGUCCGGAAUAUUCUUCUACAUAUGUGCUGUUAUCUAACACAUACAUGGAAACAGGUAGUUAUAAAGACGGGCUUGACCUGCGGAAAGUGAUGAAAGAGCAAGGUGUUAGAAAGGAGCCAGGAUACAGUUGGAUAUCUGUAAAAGGUAAAGUCCAUAGAUUUUAUGCUGGAGAUACUAAUCACCCUCAAAAGGAUGCUAUCUAUGCCAAGUUGGAAGAGCUUAGAAGAAAAGUGAAGGAUUUGGGUUAUGUUCCAGACCUGAAAUAUGCAUUGCAAGGUGAAGAUUGAAAAUGAGGGUUUUCGGAACAUGGGAUAACUAGCUUGUAUCUUAAUAUUUGAUGCACUUAGAAAAGCAAGGAUAGAUGCAUUAUGAGCUGAAUGUCAUUCUAAAGGCAUCAAUUUCUCCUGAGGGUUUAUAAAUACCCCUAGGCGACGGGAAGGCUUUUGAAAUGCCAUAGUUGAUCUAUCCCACAUUCAACACUAUUGUUAUGAUUGAGAAAAACCAAUUCAUGUAGCUCCGUGGAUCUGAAGUUUAAUGAAAGAUUAGAAUGGAUUCCAUGAGCUUGAACAACAAAUGAGUUGAUAUUACUGGGUAAAAGUUUGUCCGUGGAGGUCUGUAGAGCAAAUUUCCAAUGAAAGUAAACAACAGCAAAACGUUUCAAGAAGUAUGUGCUUAUUGGUCCAAUGAUGGAGACUGAUAUUUGUCCAAUAUUCCAGGAAACCUUAUGGUCCGAUGCAAAAAUUAGGAUCCUGUCACGGGGAAAGUUGGCCUAAAUACUUGGAGGAUAUUGGCAAAUUGUGGUAUUUACUGAGGAACCUGUAUCCUUUAGCAUCUAAAUGAAAGCAUUGAUGUAUGUGGCUGAAGUUUGGAGUGAUGUUCAAAUCUGCCAAUACAUGAUAUCAGAGCUGAAAUUUCAAGUAAAAUGGUAGAGACAAAAAUACAUAGCUGUCAUAGUUGCCUGAUUCUUUGCACGCACGGGUAGGCUUCUCCACGAAUAGCAUGCUUUUAGAGGAAUGAUUUUGUAGGCUUGUAUGCUAGAAAUUUCACGUGCCAUUGAAAACUGAAAGGGACCUCUCUCCUUCAUUGGUUUGCAGAAGAACCCUCGUCUCUUGAUGAAAGUGACCUGAAAUUCUCUCUUUUACAUUAUUAAAUAUGUUGUUGAAUUACAGUCUUGAUGGCGGCAGAAUUUGUUAUCAUCUUGUCAAUUCUCAGCUA